AUGAGUCCCGUCGUUCUGGAGAAGACGGAGGUGCAGCAGCUGAUGAACGAGUUGUUCAACUUUAUAGACGACAACUUCAUUCGAAACAGUGAUCGGAUGCACGCCUUCAAGCUGGGACGACCAGCUCCAAAGUGUUUGACAUUGGUAAGAUGCCAUGUAUCUGCUAGUGCGGCGUCUGACGUUGAUCCCGACAACGUCGCUGGACAGAGGACAGCCGAGCCGGCGGCUGUCGUCGGGGACGCCGCGCAGCAGACCGCCCAGGAACAGCCCGAAGAGCGGCCUGCGGCGACGACCGCAGCUAAGAGUUCCGUGGAGCAACCGGCUCCGGCGAAGUCCCAAGGGAACACCCCUGCAGGGGAUGAAGAGGCUGCGAGGGCGCCUCCCCCGAGCAGUGCCGCAGAGGAGGAGGACAGAGUUCCAACUCCCCCGCCUGCUGAAGAAGGGAGGGUCCCAACCCCGCCCCGAGCAGGGGCCUCUUCACCAGUAGACUCCCCUGGCCUGGAUCAGGGUCCAGUGAUGCCUGCGACCAUGGCCGGGGGUAGUGCAGAGGGCGAGGAGACCCAAACGGCCUCCGACAAUGAAGUGGAGGAGAUCCAAGUGCUCAAGGUGAAUACCAAAAAGCACUUCGACGAGCUGAUCAAGGACCGGGACUCCUGGAAGGCCAACUGCAUCAAGAUUUAG